UGUAACAUUGCUCAAGUGUGGCCAAAUGGCAUCUCAUCUGUUUAUAUAUUUAUAUAGGUGGAUAAGAUGCUGUGAGAAUAUCUUAGUUUGAUCGAUUUUGUUAAUUACCCUACUCAUUUUUAGACUUAACUAAGGAAGUCUGGUUGCAUUUUAAUAUAUAUAUACACACACAUACACACACUUUGGCUUACACACUUGUAAAUCUUGCCAAGAUUUGUAACCCAUCAAUACUCUUAUGGGUUUCUCAUUUUGCAAUUUUCCAUCACAUUCAUGCACAAAAUUUGUUGGUCUCAUCCUGUGUUUUAUGUCAUGCAAGGUUGGAUAAAUCAAUGCAGUCAAUGGAACUGAUACAGACCGACUCGCCCUGCUCAAAUUCAAGGCCAAGAUUACUGAUGACCCUUUAGGAGUCCUGAGUUCUUGGAAUGACACCACCCACUUCUGCCAGUGGCACGGCGUUGCAUGUGGAGGACGCAACCGGAGAGUCACUGCGUUGAGCCUACGCUCGGCGAAGUUAUCAGGUACCUUAUCACCAUACAUUGGCAACUUGAGCUUUCUUGGAAUAUUAGACCAUGAGAACAAUAGUUUGACAAAUGAAAUCCCUCCCCAAGUAGGGUAUUUGCAUAGGUUGAGCAAACUCUAUCUCUUGAACAAUUCAUUUAGUGGUGGCAUUCUAUCCAACAUUUCCGCGUGCUCUAAUCUCCUAGAGCUCGAUGUUGGAAACAAUCAACUCAUGGAGAAAAUUCCGCCAGAGUUGAGUUUGUUGUCCAAGCUCCAGUUAUUAAACCUAUACGGAAACAAGUUUGUAGGAACUAUUCCUCCUCCUCUUGGGAACUUAUCUUCUCUUCUUGUGUUUGAUAUAUCUUACAAUAACUUAGUUGGAACUGUACCGGGUUCUCUGGCCUCACUAAAGAAUCUACAACUUCUGUAUUUAGAUUUUAACAAUUUGACGGGCAUAGUCCCGUCCUCGAUCUUCAAUAUAUCUUCUCUGGAAGUAGUCACUAUGAACUACAAUGAAUUCGAGAGAACUCUUCCAUCAGACCUAGGCAUUUCUCUUCCCAAACUCAAGUACAUUGGCAUUAUAAACAACAAUUUUGUUGGCUCCAUUCCACCUUCAAUAUCAAAUGCUACAUUUCUCGAGUUGAUUCAAGUCCAAAAGAACAGAUUAUCCGGAGCAGUUCCAUCCUUGUCGAAGCUUCAAAGGCUUCGAAUAAUAAGUGUUUCCCAAAAUUUGCUUGGAAGUGGUGCAGCCAAUGACCUAAGCUUUCUUGUAUCGUUGAUUAACGCCACCAAUAUGCUAGUCGAGAUAGAAUCUGAGGAAAAUAAUUUUGGAGGAGUGUUGCUGGAAGGCAUUGGCAAUCUCUCAACCAGUCUUCAAUCGCUUAGUCUUGGAUUUAAUAGAAUCGGUGGAACAAUCCCAUCUGGGAUUCAAAAUCUUGUCAAUUUGGAGGUAUUGACCUUGCCAGGCAAUCGAAUUUCCGGCAACAUACCUCCAAACAUUGGAAUGCUUCAAAAGCUGUCGAAGUUGUACUUACAGGAGAAUGAAUUCAGUGGUUCUAUUCCAACCUCACUUGGAAACCUGACAUUGUUAACGAAGCUAAGGUUGGGAAGCAAUCAACUUCAGGGGGCGAUUCCUCCGACGCUGGGCAACUGCCAGAACUUGCUUGAGGAGCUGAAUAUGUCGAAUAAUCAUCUCAGCGGAAACAUAUCCCCACAAAUUUUCUCCAUUUCGUCAUUAUUUCUUCUUGACUUGUCGAAUAACGAUUUUGAAGGCCCUCUUCCUAUUGAAGUAGGAGGUUUGAUUAAUGUUGGCUUGUUGGAUGUUUCAAAAAAUAAGUUGAAUGGUGAUGUUCCAAUCAGUCUUGGUCAGUGCAUGAUACUGGAAGUCCUCAAUAUGGAUUGGAACUUCUUCCAAGGUCACAUUCCUUCAUCUUUAAGUUCUUUGAGAGGUCUUGGAACAAUAGAUCUUUCACACAACAACUUUUCAGGGGAAAUACCAGCAUUUUUUGCAACCUUUCUGUCUUUGAAGGCUCUAAAUCUUUCGCACAAUGAUUUCGAAGGUGCAUUGCCAACAGGAGGAGUUUUCAAGAAUGCAAGUGCCAUUUCUGUCAGUGGAAAUAGUAAGCUUUGUGGGGGCAUACCUGAAUUCCGGCUACCAAUGUGCAGCUUCAACAACUCCAAGAAGAGAAGACAAACCAAGAAGUUGGUCAUCUCCAUGGUAUCUGCACUCUUCGGACUUGCUUUGAUGUUGUUUCUUCUGGUUAUUUUUUGUUUAAGGAAGGGAGGGAAAAAAUCGAGUUCCAACUCCUCAACAAAGCUGACCUUGACCUUGUCAUACCAAAGCAUUUUUAGAGCAACUGAAGGGUUCUCUUCAGCAAACUUGAUUGGCAUCGGUAGUUUUGGGUCUGUAUACAGGGGAAUUUUUUAUGAAGGCAGAACAAUUGUUGCUGUGAAGGUGCUUAAUCUUUUGCGUCAUGGUGCAUCCAAGAGUUUUGUAGCCGAAUGCAAGGCUUUGAGGAACAUUAGACAUCGGGAUCUGGUUAAGGUUAUAACAGCAUGUUCGACAAUUGAUUAUCAAUUAAAGGAAUUCAAGUCACUGGUUUACGAACUCAUGACUAAUGGGAACCUAGAGGGUUGGCUGCAUCCCGUGACAAUAUCAGGCAACGCGCCAAGGAAUCUGAAUCUUCUUCAAAGGGUAAACAUUGCCAUUGAUGUUGCUUGUGCAUUAGAGUAUCUUCAUCAUCACUGUGAAACACCAAUCGAUCACUGUGACCUCAAGCCAAGCAACGUGCUUUUGGACGAUGAAAUGACAGCACAUGUCGGUGAUUUUGGGUUAGCCAAAUUUCUCACUCAAGCUAACCCUAAUUUGUCUACUCAAUUUAGCUCUAUUGGCAUAAGAGGAACUAUUGGUUAUGCUUGUCCAGAGUAUGGCUUGGGAAGUAAGGUGUCUACUGAUGGUGAUGUCUUCAGCUUUGGCAUUAUAUUGUUGGAAAUGUUCACAGGAAAGAGACCGACAGACAAGAUAUUCGAUGGUCAACAGAACAUUCGCAACUUUGUUAAGGAUGCUUUGCCUGCCAAUGUGGCAGAAAUCACAGAUCCAAUUCUUCAGAAUCAAGAGAGCAAGAAUACUGAGAAUCAGAGCUACACAAGAAAUGAAGAUAACAGAACUCUAGAGUUCUUGAUUUCAAUAUAUGAGAUUGGGAUCGCUUGUUCUGCUGAAUCAGCAAGAGAAAGAAUUAGUAUUAGUGAUGCUGUAACUCAACUGAGUUCAAUCAGAGACGAAAUUGCUAACGCUCGAACACGUCGCCGGAGAUUAACAUAAAGCUCUACCAUUCCACUGCAGGAUUGGAGAUAUUAGGUUAAUUCUAGUGCAAGUUGGCAUAUUUUAAGCAUUCAAAAUCUAAUUGCUCUUCAAAGGUCGAAGUUUCUGAUUACGCGUCUUGAAGAAGCCAACUGGGGAUCUACUUCUCUUUGUUUUGAAUAAUCACUGCCUUCUUUUUAUUUUA